GGUUAGCGAAACGCCACUUCCUGCAGUAAUCGAUAUGCCAAAUCAUGACUUGGCAUUCCCACAGGUUAUGUAACGAGCAAUACAAGAAUGCUGAUUCAUCAUUGAAUGUUUCAUAAUGUUAUUCAGGUGUUACUGAGAGUUGAAGCUUACAUUAGCUGUUCUUUUAAAUCAGUUAAAAUAUCGACUGAGGAGUAAGCGCGCACAAACAGAGAUAUAUAAUACGUGUUAUUUAUCUGUGCAGACUCUACACAUCCUUGAAUUUCAUCGGUUUGAAUUACCCAUAUCGCUGUAAUAACAUUUUUCAUGGAUGCCCACUCAUCCCGUUGAUUCUAACAACUAUAGGAGAUGUCAGGCGUGAAUUUGCCUAGAAAUUAAAUUAGAAUAUCUGCGUGGUUUGGUUGCUUGUUGACAAUGUAUAACUUUUCGUAUGAGAAGAAUGGACAUGCGUCUAUUAUCAUUGUUUUCCUUUACAUCUAGGCCUUGCUUUAAUCCUAUUUUCAAAAGCAACAGAUCAUCUACUUUUAUGUAAUUAACAAAGAAAUCAAGUUAAAAAUUCAGUUGGCGUAUGUAGUGUGUGCUUCCUUUUCAGCUUCAGAACCUAAAAUUUUAAUUUCGAUUUCGGUAAUAAUUGUUGAUAUCAGAAGACUUACGCAGAGAAAUUAUGAAACAGGAUGCGUUUGCACUAGGUGGUGGAUUACUAUUUAUAAUUUUUCUACUCGGAAUGACGUGGAUGUGGGGUGAAUUGUUGAAUUGGAAAGCGAAUUCCGGUUAUUUCCAUUAUGAUGUCAACUCUUCUCAACAGAGACUUUUACCUGAACCUGACAACACCUGCAAUGAUACAAGUUUUCCUGGUAGAAGUGGUCAGCAUUGUCGACAGAAUUGGUAUUACUGGAAAUUACCUCCAAACGAAUCAACGGCAACUACAAAAGCAGUUGUUUGGCUUUUGUAUUCUCUUCACCAAAUAUUUGUAUGGGGACUCAUUUACAGAUCUCAAUUGACAGUAAAUAGAAAUAAAGUUGAAGGAAAACAACAGAAAUACAGUUCCAAUCUACGAUGGUUUAACUGGUCCAUGUUGGCAGUGAAUGCAUUAUUUCAUAUUCUACAUUUAAUACAAACUCACACAACAUAUGAUGGAUUAGCACAGCAGGUGGCUAUGUCGACAUCACAGUCAUCCGUAAUUAUGAUGAUGGUGUUUGUUCUUCUAAUGGAAUACAAAGAUAGAGGAAUCAUAUUGAUGUGGCCAAAUCCAACGUCCGAUGAUUUUGCAGCAAACAAACUGAGGCUUCAUGCUGGACCAACAACAUUAAUUCGCAAAUACCACGGUUAUGUUUUUGCUUGGUCAUCAAUCUAUACGUUCUGGUACCAUCCAAUGGAAAAUACAUGGGGUCACACAUUAGGGUUUUUUCAUACUGCUAUCGUUCUGCUUCAAGGAAGUCUAGUUUUCACCGAAGUUCACUUAAACAGAUAUUGGCGGCUUCUAAACGAAACUUGGGUGCUUAUACAUUCUGUAGUGGUAGCUGUGCAGACGGGAAAUCCAGAACGGGGUUAUGGAAAUUUAUGGCCCGUGUUUGGAUUUGGGUUUGGCUUUCUAUUAGCAUUCACACAGAUAUUCAGUUUGCCAUUUUGGAAAAAACUUCCUGCAUGGGUUCGAAUUGUGCCUCCAAUAUUGUACCUCGGUAUUGUUGCUGCUUUGUGUGGCACUGUGGUUGUGCCCAAAGAUCCUACCAAAAGCGGAUUCAGUCGUAUGUACGAAAUGUUGUUUGUCCCAGCUCAGGAGUACAUGGAAUUUCUUCUUUCUUGGCUUUUCAUAUUUAUUUUUCUUGUCAUCGAAUCGAAAGUUUCAACGAAACGUGCAGAUGCUCCGGAAUCCGACAAAAACAAAUGUAAUAAUAAGGAGUUUAUUAACCCGUCUCCUACUAAACAAGCUUUGUAUUUAUCAGGAGUUAUAUUGGUUUUUGCAUUAUUCGUUAUGGGGUCUUACUUUUAUGAACAAGCUCACUACGAGGUUACGCUAACCGUGUCUUCUAUAACUUUUACAACUGUUUUUUGCAUUGGUGUCUGUAUUUUAGUUAUGUUUUUUAAGCAACUCAUCGGCCCAUCCUACUUUCUCUACAACCCUAGAGCCAACAAGAUACGUAAUCAAAAAGAGAAUUCUUUUCCGACAGUGAUGAAAUCAAACGAAGGAUUCGACGAAUUCUCUGAUUUAUGAGUAGGGCUGUCGUAAUAAAUACCUUUUCUGUCGAAGAAUUUAUUGUAUUACCUUUCUAAGAUAGUUGUUCUUGUGUCAUAAAUUUGUCGGAAUUUCAACGGCGUAAUUAAGAAAUAUGUCUAUGUGAGUGUCUUACAUCGAAUCAUCUACCAACAGUUUUCACACUAUAAAUGAUAUUCGCUGCUCCCAACCAAUAUCACAAGUUAACAUGUAAUAUGUAUAUAUAUAUUAUCUAAGCUGACCUCAUAUUAAUAACAUGUAAAAGUAGUUGAAUUUUUUUUUACACGGCUUGUUAUUUUUAUAUUCUAAUUUGUGAUUUUGUUACUGUUUUUUUUAAUCGAAGAAGAGCAAAUUCACUUCACCUCAUGUGUGAUAUCUCGGCUCUGAUUGAGUAUAUCAGUAAGAAUUCCAUUUUCUAAUCUAAGGAAUUAAUACAGGUUUCGCAAUAAAAUCAACACUGACGAUGAAAUCCAUAAAUACGCAACCCUGAAUAAAAAUUACCAAUUGUAAUUUAGAACACUAUUCCAAAGUAGUGAAAUAUAUUUACAAACACAAUUGAGUUUUCUGGGUAAGACUCAUAUUUUUACUGUAUGCUUAUCAAUAUUGGUAAUUCUACUAGUAAUUUUUUGUUUCUCGAAUUAAAUAUUUUUUAUAAAGCUCAAGCCUUUCUUACUGCACAAUCAACAUGAUGUUGACCUCUGACUGCAUCUUCGAUAAUAUUCCACCAAAGAAAACAACGUUAUGAAACGGGAUUUUUAGUCAUCAAAUUCAUGUGCAAUUAUGCCUCAAGCAAUACAAAACACCAUUAUAAUAGUGAUUUUAGGAUAUAAUUCCUAACCACGAAUUCCGUGUCAUCUUUUUUUGGAUAUAUACUCUGGAUACAUUGCCUCGACCUUUAACUCCAAUUUGUGCUAGAUUGAUUCGUUGGAUUUUAUCUGUGUUCACAAUUUUUUUUGCGCGGUCUUUUUUCAUGUAUCAAUAAUUGGAGCUGAAAGUAUAAUAUAAACCUAUUAAAUUAAAUUGGCCUAAUAACUUAAUAUUGAGAAAAUACUUCCCAAUAUUAAAGUGUAAAAUGUGCACUCACUGAUACUAAUAAGCUAACAAGCUUUCGAUUCUAAAAAUUAUUUUACGGAGAAAAUAUUCAGAUUAUUAAAUGCCAACUCCAUUGUUAGCAGCAUGAGUUUGAAGAAUAUUUCCAUGGUAUAAAUAUAUAACUUUAACAUUACUGUAUUAACAACAAAAACGUAUAGUUCGUUAUUCAAACAACCUGUAAAAAAAUGUCAUUUUUCACGUUAGCCAAGAUUGAAUAGGCAAUCAACCUAACAGUUGCGUAUGUGGAAACCAUA